UCCUCUCCAAGCCAUGAAGACGGUCCUCUCGCUCUGUGCUGUUCUUUUCUUUCUGGCCCCAGCCAAGAAUGAACUUUUUGAUGGCAAAUGCCACAAGCUUAAAGGAACAUGCAAGAGUUCAUGUGAGAAGCAUGAAGAAAUUGUUGCUUUUUGCCAGAAGACUCUAAAAUGCUGCCGGAUAAUCCAGCCCUGUGAGCUGAGUGCAGACAGCAGUGAAGACUGAGGUGAAGACUGAGUGCAGACAGCGGUGAAGACUGAAGACUUCAGCUGUCCAGGGAGACGUGGGAGACCCCGUGCUUCUGUGUAC